CUCCGCCCCGUAGAAAGCUAUUUCUGUUCCAUGCCAACUAGCUCCCGUUCUACAUCAGUACAUAAUGUUCAUUGAGCUCACUUUAAGACACUCCUUGACACUCUAAUCCCAAGCCAUUUCGUGGUCACGGUUGCAGCAACCAUUGUUUAUUUCCGUUGGCCAAUCCCAAAAUCUCGGUCAACUGGUGAAUUUCGAACAAAGUUGCCCUUCAUGGGGAAAAUUGGCCGAGUUGCAUGCAUUGUCCUGCCUUAUAUUUUGACUAUCGGCGCACUCAUUUGCCUCAUUGUCGUUGGCAUCGGCUCAACAAAUUCGAGUAGUGAAGCAGUAAAUGAGCUCUAUUUCAUAAGGGUCGAUUUAUCUAGUUUAACUAAUGCUACAACAUCAUCGACAUUAGCCGAUCUCGCUGAGUCAGCCAUCAAAAAUGAUACCAGAGCAAAGGAGCUAGGCGAAGCUCUUGAAAAAGCCGACAAAGAUGCCGAAGUCCGUGAUUUUUACGACGUCGGUCUCUGGGGGUACUGCACUGGCAACAAGACUACCAAUGGUGACUUUAAGGUUGAUCACUGCUCCUCCAGUAAAGCGAUGUUCUGGUUCAAUCCCAGUGAGGUGUGGGGGCUCAAUGAUACUGGUGUUGACACCCUAUUUCCGGAAUCGUUGCAAAAGGGGUUGAGCGCAUAUGAGAAAGCCUCCAAGUGGAUGUUCAUCGCAUACGUUAUCGCAGUUGUUUCAGUUGUGGCGGAGCUGCUCGUUGGGAUAUCAGCUAUAUUCAGCAGAUUGGGUAGCUGCAUAACAAGUUUCGUAUCCGGGAUCGCGACAUUUUUCACCAUUGCCGCCGCUAUCACAUCAACCGCCCUAUACGCCGCACUUGUCGGUCUUUUCAAUACGUCACUCAAGGAUUAUCAAAUCCACGCAAGUGUGGGCGGGCGUAUGAUUGCAGUCACUUGGCUGGCUGCCGCUUUCUCAAUCGCCAGCGGUUUGUUUUGGGCAUUUAGUUCGUGCUGCUGCUCAGGCCAAUCCCGCAGUGGCCGUCGCGGUCUUGUUGCAGAAAAGGUACCUUACACUUACGAAAGAGUCGCUUCUCCAUAUAUGGGAAUGUCUGCAGUUGAUCCUACUGCGAUGUACAACAAUAAUCACGAGUCAACACCGAUGUUUCCUGCUCUACCUCAGCCCGUUUCGCAUGCCGCACAAGAUGGAUACGAACCAUUUCGCCACAAUCGGGGCGCUAGUGGUGCAUAAAUGGCUGUCAUAAAAUGGAUGAAAUGCGCUUUGGGUCCUGAGAAUGAGCGACGACCCACCCUAUCGACAUAUAUCUGUGUAUUUACCAUUAAAUCUAAUUUUUAUAUUGAAUACACGAAAUCGAUUAUGCUUGAGGUUAAAUAUCCCGAGUCGGUGUUGAUCUACUCCAUUAUGGUUCCUCGCUGUACGUAUUUAAUUGCGGCUUGGUCCAUUGCGGAUAUCCUAGUCCCCGCAGCCCUUUGGGAAGUCUACUGCGAUCUG